UAGGACUCUCGUUCCAUAAGGCCGGGCCUCCUGUGCUUGGAAACUCCCAGCUUCGAGAUUCCUAUCUCAUUGCGCUAACCUCCGCAGGUGCAUACCUAAGCCCCACCCGGCGCCAAGUUUCGCAUCUCGACCUCCACUUCCGAUUCGGCAAUUCCGACCUACCGAUUUACAGCCGUCUAUAUCCUCGCAGCUUCCAUCGACUUUUACGUUCGUCUCUAAUCUCUCAGAUAGGCUUUGUGGUGCGGAAUGGCAUCUGUUUCCAGUCAGCCUCAAUUCCGCUACACACAGCCCCCAUCCAAGGUUCUCCACUUAAGAAAUUUACCAUGGGAGUGUACAGAGGAGGAACUGAUUGAAUUAGGGAAGCCAUUUGGUAAAGUCGUCAAUACAAAGUGUAAUGUUGGAUCAAAUCGUAAUCAAGCUUUUAUAGAGUUUGCAGAAUUGAAUCAAGCAAUUGCAAUGAUAUCAUACUAUGCUUCAUCUUCCGAACCAGCUCAGGUACGAGGGAAAACCGUCUACCUACAGUAUUCGAACAGGCAAGAAAUAGUGAACAACAAAACUACUGCAGAUGUUGCUGGGAAUGUACUCUUGGUGACAAUUGAGGGUAAUGAUGCACGCCUCGUAAGCAUUGAUGUUCUUCACUUGGUAUUCUCUGCCUUUGGAUUUGUGCACAAAAUUACAACGUUUGAGAAGACAGCUGGAUUUCAGGCUUUAGUCCAAUUUUCUGAUGCUCAAACUGCUUCUUCUGCGAAGGAUGCCCUUGAUGGAAGAAGCAUUCCCAGGUAUUUAAUUCCGCAGCUGGGACCUUGUACCCUUAGAAUCACAUAUUCUGCACAUACUGAUUUGAGUGUUAAAUUUCAGUCCCAUCGUAGCAGGGAUUACACCAAUCCUAACCUCCCUGUGGCACCUUCUGCAAUAGAUGCUAGUGGUCAGCUCAGUUUAGGGUUAGAUGGGAAGAAAUUAGAGCCGGAGAGUAAUGUUCUUCUUGCUUCCAUUGAGAACAUGCAAUAUGCUGUGACCUUGGAUGUUUUGCAUAUGGUUUUUUCUGCUUUUGGCCCUGUGUUAAAGAUUGCGAUGUUUGAUAAGAAUGGUGGCGUUCAGGCAUUGAUACAGUAUCCUGAUGUCCAGACUGCUGUUGUUGCAAAGGAAGCCCUAGAGGGACACUGCAUAUAUGAUGGUGGGUUUUGCAAGCUUCAUAUUUCCUAUUCUCGCCACACUGAUCUCAGUAUAAAGGUCAACAACGAUCGCAGUAGAGAUUACACAAUUCCAAAUGCCCCCAUGAUGAGCUCUCAGCCUUCAAUUUUGGGGCAGCAGCCAAUUGCAAUGGGUGGUCCUGCUGCUCACCAAUAUAAUGGAGCCCAGUAUCCUCCACCUCCUGAAAGUACUGCAAUGCCGCAGCAUUCAGUAGGCUGGAACACUUCUGCCCCGGCAGUACCUCCACCAAUGCCCAUGCAAAUGCAUAAUCACCCUUACAUGCCACCUGCUAGCAUGCCUCCUGAAAUGGGCCCUGGGAUGAUGCCAUUGCACGGCCAGAACGGUCUGCCACAUUCUGCAGCAAUGCCUCCUUAUCAUCCACAGUAGCAUUGCAAUUAAUUGAAUGUUCUUGAUAUCAUAGCUUUGUGUGUUGUUUGGAGCAGGCUGAAGGGAUUCGUCUGAUAAGCAGAGUUCGAAGAGGUAAGGUGAAGCCUGGCAGAUAUGGGGAGAUGUCAAUUUAAAAUAUAAAAUAUUUUUUCCUUUUUACCUAUUAUCUAGGAUUUCAACGGCAAGAUUCUGCUCUUCAACUUCUUGUGGAUUUAAAUGGGUUUUGAAAACUCUCGGUAGACUUGGGUGUAAUGUAUAUUAACUUUUAUAACUUUCUCGCCGUCAGGCGUACUAGUUUGCAGUUAAUUUAUUACUUUUCGCCUCUUCCUGGCUACG